CAUCGUCCUGGUCCUGUGAAACAUCUGGUCUGUCCUUGGCAAGAUAUUCUGAGGAAGUAGCUGUUUGAGUUGGUCCAUACGGCAUUUACGUCAAGACUGUGCCUGUCAUGAGGGAACAGUUACAUGUAGACGAGGAUGACGAUCUGCUGUAGGCAGAUUAGACACUCUGGACAACCAUUUUUCUUCGCCGCGGGAACUUCCUGUCCAGCGAAGUAGAGGAUUUUCCAUUCACCUGAGAUCUCUCAUCUGAACCGAAAGGGAUAGUGAACGUUUUUUCAGAUUUGCAAAAACAGCUCUUUGUAAUAAUCUGGAGUCAUCUGUAACUCAUGUGACAGUCCAGAUUUCAGGAUGCUGUUUCCUGUUAUGAUAUUCUACAAAUCCCAAUCCGUUUUCAACAGAGAGUGACCAUCUGAAACGACUUAAGCAGGUUAACCUUGGGGUCGUAACAAGGGACCACACUCGUCAUAAAUUCGGAAAUUGUGGCCAACAAGGGAGUUGUCAUGAGACCCCGGGCGGCCUAAGGUCACCUCUGGCUUGUUGGGUUGCCUUGGUGAUGGACCUUACCUUCGUGUCUUCACUUGAGUCUGUGUAUUCAAGAUUACUGACAACUCUGAUACUUGCUGGUACACGGCGUUGUGUCCAAGGCUGUCUCAAGAACUUGCAUUGUUGGAGAUAGAUGGAAACAUCUUCAUCGUCAUCCCCAGGACAUGCAAGCAGAUAUUGCCUUUUAACACCUCUGUCGUUCCCAACCACUCGAUCAAAAAUCCUGAAGAAGUCAUUACAGGGGAUAAGUUCGACGUUGUCACCUGUGUGUGAGUCUAGUCCAUCGUUCUCUUCAGACUCCUCAAGACUUGCCUGCAGUCAAGAGAGCGAUGUUGAGAAGUAGAAAGUACUAGUUCCAUUGAGAACGAUAAAUGACUUUCAACGAGGACUGCGGGACUAUGGUAAAAAAAAUUAACGGAAGUUCUUGAACCUCAACCUCUGAUAAAAGUGCACUUUGUUUGAGUGGCUAUUCCUGUGCUGCUGUUAACAUGUCACCUGUAAUUUCUUAUUGUUCCUUCGACUGAUGGUUCGUCAGAUGGAAUCUUAUGAUUUAAUCAUCAGGCACUUAACUUGUGUAAUGCGCAAAACUGCUUAGAAUAAUCACAACUACAGUAUCGUGCUUGAGUUGGGAUAACUGUGAUUUAUCAAAAUGGAAAUUCCAAGCCUCUGCAACGUUUCCUACGAUUACCUCAUUGAUGACGCGACUCUGAGAGAAAAUCGCUACAACAGCGCGUCAAGUUUUGUUUAUGAUGUGGCGUAUGACUGUUACUCCCGUAACAGCGUAUGUGCCUAUUACUUGUAUGAACUGACGGGGGAGACGCUAAUCGAUCACUUGCAGUAUAUUAUGCCACCACAGCAUUACGCCUACGCCCAGGUUAUCCCAUUUGUAACGCUUGUGGCCUUGCUGUGUUUGGUUGGUAUUAUUGGAAAUCUUCUAACAAUAGUGGUGAUAUUAAGGAAUCGUAUCCUGCAAACAACAUCCAAUUACCUGGUCAAUAUGGCUUUCUCGGAUCUUCUGAUCCUUUUACUGACGGGACCGAUGGAAGUAGCCUAUGAAUUGAAAGCAUGGCCCUGGACAUACACUCGCUUCAUGUGCCGACUCAGGUACUUUCUGAUCGAGGCUUGCACAUUCACGUCGAUUCUGAAUAUUACUUCCUUCACAACCGAGCGUUACAUCGCAAUUUGUCAUCCCAUUAAAGCAAAGUCUUACGUCUCGCAUUCACGCGCCAUCAAAAUCAUCGUUUUCAUUUGGAUUUUCUCCUCUUGUGUAAGCCUCCCUCUAUUUUUGGGUGUUGAUACUUUUGAAGUAUGCCCCGAGAUACCAGAAACCACGGUAUGCGGUUAUCCUGAUGCUUACUGGGAGACGGUUAUAGACCGUUUCUACAUCGCCUCUGCUACAUUGCUCUUUUUUAUUCCCAUGAUUUUGAUCACAAUAUUCUACUCCUUGAUUGCGCGGGUAUUAUACGGAUUCAACGUAGAGGUGGUAGUGCGUCGGAACUCCAGAAGAGCAAGGAACAGAAAUGGGGUCAACCCCAACGACAAGAAAGAAAACUCCGUGGAGAAAUCUCGGAAGCAGAUUGUUAAAAUGUUAGCUUUGGUAGCAGGUUGCUUCGCAGCCUGCUGGCUACCGUUUCACAUCAUCCGAAUCAUUCCAAACUUCGUCGAUAUAAAGCUGAGUGAGACACUGAGUACUAUUUAUUACGAUGUGCUGUAUAAAGUCUCCAUCGUCUUGAUGUACACCAGCGCCACAAUCAAUCCAAUCCUUUACAACAUCAUGUCAGCUAGGUUUCGUCAGGCCUUCAAGAAGACCAUCCUCUGCCAAGAAGAACGUGCCGUUUGUUUUCGUUGGUUUUGGGGAGACAAACAUGAACGACGCUCCUUACAACCAACGUGUACCGCCGGGUUGACUUACGUAUAAAUCACCAACUCUUACAUCUCUCUUUAAAAGGAUUGACUCAUUUGAUUCUGAGGUGGUAGAAGAAUGUCAAGAGUUAAAUCUAAAACAACAAAGAGAUAAAUUUGAGAGCUACUGGUGUUUUUUCUUUAUUAAAAGUCUGUAAAAAGUAUUUCGUAUGCGAAGUGUCAUUUUUACUAUUAAAAAUGAACAUAGCUAUCGAAAAACUACAUGUACUUUUAUGAAGCUUAUGCUGUUAUGUUAAUACCUUGUUCAUUUUUAAUAAUCGUUGGAAAAAGGUACUGUACCUUCAGAUGUCUUACUAUACACCAUUGGUAAAGCUUCGUUUUACUUUUAAAACUCAGUUGGCAACGUACAAAUCUCGGUUGGUCGUCAAAGAUCUAUCACGUUUAAAUCAUCCUUGGUUCGAGAAAAUCCUCAUCCAAAUGUUUUGUAAUGUCAACAAAAACAAUUUGGGAUGACGUACGAAGCACUGUUCCCCUGUCAAAUUGUAUCCCUUUAAAUACCACAUGUGAGAUAGGAAAGAAUGCGGGUGCACUUCCCUCAUUUUGAUAGGAAAGAUGAGUUGUGAAUUUGCUGUGGCUGUUAAACGUGGAUUGUUAGGAGAUGAUGAGUGAUUUCUAUUAGGAAUUGGCUCAGAUUAGAUCUGGAGAUUGGCUCAAUGAAAACACCUGUGUCUCACCUUUCCAGGUCAACCAACGUCGUCCGCCCCAAUGAAAAUAACGCAAGAAAUCUUGCAAAGUUUCCAUUGUCUUUUUCCGUCGUCUUGGCCACUGAUCAUUUAUCGUUGCUAUAGGCCUACUACGCAGUGUAUGCUUCGCAGUAUAUACUACGCAGUGUUCACCGGAACCUUAUAGAGGGAUCCCAAUACGACGCUUUUAACAUCGAUCUGCGCACUUCUGCGUUUGAAAACGAGGCUGUAU